AGUGUGUCCUCAAAGGCUAUCAAAGAAAGGACUGAUGGCGUGGUCAACCUUCGUCAAAUCUUGAGACACAAUCAGGGCACUCCCAGGAUCGAUAAUCUCAAGGAUUCAGCGCUUUUCAAAAUCUACGACACCAUCCUCAAGGCCAUCGAUGUCGAAGUCACUCAGCUUCGAGCUUGCAGAGCAGGCGAGAAAAGCAGAACAACUGUAUCCGCUACCGAGCUACGACUGACCAGUUGCUCCACUACAUUGCGUGUCGCAGUCGAGGUUGGCAUUCGCAAUGUCCGUUCCAAAUCUGUCAAGGCGCUUGUCGACCACCUCAUCACCAAUUUCGAUAAUCCCGACGGCACUCCUGACACCAUACUGUCAACCGAUUAUGCUAGGAAUCUCUCCGUCGUGCUCAGUCAUGAACCUCAUGUUGAGCACCUAUCUCAAGACCUCUGGAAGGCAACCCUGAAUUUCUGUCUGGACAAGAUGAGGUUCGCACCCAGAUCCGAUCAUGGAUUGGGUUCAAGCAUUUUGAUGCCGAGAUCUUCGCGUUCUCACUUCACCCCUUCGCAAACGAAUGUCUCCAAAGGCAUGCUACCUAGGCAUGCUGUGGAUGAUUUGGUCAACGUCUUUCGUUCGUUAGUCAGUGUUCCAUUCGCACCGCUUCUUCCCAAAGGGCCUCAAGUUCUUAACGCAAUGGCACAAUUUUUGCAUAAUUCUCCGCACACGGCGAAGCCUCAGAUUGAUGCCCUGGUGGUGAUCAACACCGUUUUGCUUCAGAUACGCACUGAAGAUAUCACUUUCACCAAAAAAUUCGCCCGGGAUGCUCUUGGCUUAGCCAAGGUGCUGUGGAACACCAAGCUUUCCGCCCUGAAAGACGAGAUCCUAUCCAUGUUGAUUUUGCUGCAUCCUUCUGUCGAGUCUCUUUCACAAGAAAGUGAAAAUGAGUCUCUUUUCAUCGAGUUGUCGAACCUCGUGGACACAAUCAAGGGCGAAUACACCAAACGGCCGACCAAGGAUCAGCUUCAACUUAGUCAACUAAUCCUCCAACUUGACCUAAAGCAACCCUCUGAUGGCUUGCGAGGUCGUAUCUUUGGACUGCAGGACGGCCAGACAGUCAGUGAAAAUACUCUGAGUGCUGAACAUAAUUGGACUUUGUUGAAUUUGCUGGCUCAUUUCUCAGUCUGGAGUCAUCGUUCAGACCAGCGAGGCACUAAAAGAUCUGCGUCCCCAGAUGCUGGUCCGCAGAAGCGCCAGCGCAUUGCACAUUGGUCGGACGAACUAUCUCCUAUGCUCUCUGACUUCAACAUUCCCAACAAGUUAUGUUCGUUGCAAAUCGUAUGCUUUACUGCCCAAUCUGCUCCCAUUGAGGAAGAAAUUCUGGCCAAUUUGAUUGAGAGACUGGCCACUUGUAUCACUGAUGACAGUAGUUCUGUCGCAGCGUGGGCCUAUUUGGCUCUUGCAAGUUGUGCUAGUCAGAGCACUGCUCAAGUAGCCGAUCUGGCUGAUAUCUGGAGAUCCAUUUGGCGUUACACUUUGAGAGGUGUCAGUCCCGCUCAAACAUGCAGGCCGGCAUGUCAUCUCCUUCACACAAUGAUACAGACCGAAUUGAUCGAUCGAGCAACAAUCCUCGAGAAUGUCGGUUCUAUGCUCUCGAGUAUCUCAAUCAGUGGACCCUCCAUAUUUGGCGAUUCUGUCGCUUCAUUGUUCCAAACUAUUAUGGUUCGACUUCAGCGCGAGGGUACCUCGUCGCUCAGCGAGAGAGUCGAACAAAUUUUGACAUGGGUCUUCCGAACAUGGGCUCCAAGCAACUUCCAUGACAAGAUAUUCGCUUCCCAGAACACUAAUACUAAAGUUGUGGAUGUCACGAACCUCGUAAACGUAUGUCUAGGUUUGCCCAUAGAGCAAGAGCCUUACCAAAGUCUGCCAAUAUGGGGGUCUGUCGCACAAACAUGGAUCUCGCACAGUCACACCCAGGAUCUUCUCGAUUACUUGCUGCUCAGAAAGAAGAAUGUUGCCAUCAAACCUCAAUCUAAUCAAAUUGAGCAGAUCCCGGAAAGAGGCCCCACCAUAAACAAUGUUGCUGUCACGCUGGUGCUCGGUCUUUGCACAACUGAGAUCAACAGCGCAGUGGAUAAAUGGCAAAACAUGAAGGAGCAGGGUGCUGUUCAUUUGGAUCAGCACAUGAUCCGUAUGAUCGGCAAUCUGAUCACUGUUGCACUAUGCAUUGCAAACUGUCUACAAGCAAAAGACGCUCAUCGAGCAAAGCAGCUUCAAACUGCCAAUGAGAAGCUUAUGGCGCUGUUUUUCAGCGACCUCUCGAGCCCUGUGUGUGAACAAGACAAGGUGGACGCUCUGAUUGAUCUUGUUGCACAUAGACUCUUGAAUUGUCAACCGCACGUGUCAAGCCAGGAAAGUCAUGGCCAUCAUGUCUGCAUGGCGCAACUCUCGACCUCUUUACUGGAACUUCUCGAAAAGAGACGCUUUAUGACACAGCCGGAGUCUUCGGUCAAGAAAAACGAGACUAGUGACAUGAUGGAUUUUGACACGGAUUUCGAUUCUCAGGUGACUACAUACACUGCACCGGUGAAGGAAGUCCGAUCUCCAAGGAAGGUGAUCCCCACCAACUACAGUGUCGUCUCACAGAGAGCGAGUGUGACAAUCUACGCGAUGUUGAUGCAGUCGUUCGAUUCGUCUGUAGAGCGUCGCAACAGCAUCGAAGACCCUACACAAGAGCUCAUAUCACAUGUCCUCGAGCUUCCAGCCCCAGAGAUUCUUGCCAGUGGGCCUUUCCUUACAGCUUUGCCUCGAUACGGCGUACAACUCACUCCCAAGCAGUUCGAACCACUUCUCGAAUUCUUUGCGGACAAUACACUGCAAUCUUACGAGUACGAGCGUGCUGAGACAAAUGUUGACCUAUUGUUGGGUGUCAUGGAGAGCUUCGUGUAUACCUGGACCGACGCUUCGAACCAGGAUUUCUAUACAUUUGGCCUCGAUAUCUAUAAAUGGUUCACUGUGACGGCUUUGAAAGCUAACCUGCUCUCGCCAUGUGUGCAGAAACGACUCGUUCAUCUCAUGACACGAAUUCUUCAGAUUGACGCAGAUUAUGGGCAUGCAGACAAACUUCCCAGCAUUCGUUCAAUGUUGUUUCGUCUGAUGCGGGAAGGCACUCUAGAAGUCAAGCACUCCAUAGCUCAACACCUGUCGUCAAUCUUCAGCCUUUUCUCUCUACCCGUUCAUGCAGAAGUUUUCGAGGAGCUCAGGACAAGUCUGCCUACUGACACGGAGUGGAUUGAAGGCCUUGCCGUGCGAGUUUUGGUGUUAGCAAACCUAGCUGCCAGUUGGCAUUCCCUUCGACGACAAUGUAUCUACCACAUAUUUGAGACUGCUGGCAUGAUUACCGAUGUCGAAAAAUACGCUGCCACAUGCAUUGCCACAAUAUCAGAGGCGCUGGAGCUUGACUCGUCUAGAGAGCUGUUCCAACUUUUCUCUCCUCAGCUACUUUUCACCUGGUUAGAAUCUCAAGCGGUCGCGAAGAUUCCAUUCGGAGUCUUCGAUUACGGUGCUAUGGCUGAUCUGCUAGAACACAACAUUGACGAGAUAUACGCGCAGCUGGUCAUCCGCGANAAAGAGGACGAGAUAAAUUGGUUGACCAAAGCCUUGAACCUGGCAGAAGGAAAGAUCCUACAUUCUACUUUUAGUAAGGUGCUUGCCUACGCCAUAUCCUGGGAUGUGGCUGGCAAGCAGGCAUCGUCACAAGAUUCAUCUCAGGUGGUGACUACAUGUGAAUCUCGCAUCCGAACUUUCUUCAAAACAAACGGCGAAUACUCAAGCGCGGUCCAAUCCAACCUCCCAGACAUUGUGGCUCAAAUUUUCACCUCUAUGUACCACGAAGAGGUGGUUGAAAAGUUCCUUGAAAAGAGAUCUCAGUACGCUUACGCUCAAAAUGCUCUCUCCGCAAUGAAGGGUUAUGGGUCUCUCGACACGAAUCUCUCGCAAGCGCAACAGCCCAGCUUCAAAGGCAGAUACCUCAUCGAUCAACUAGAACGAGUUUGUCGCAGAGCAGGAAACAAAACACUCACGACUGUCAAGGACGCCAUGAAUGUCCCGCACAUCACGGCCACUCUGCGGUCUAUCAUUGAUUGUAUGCACCCUGCAUAUGGUCCAUUACACGCUUGUCGCACUGUAAGAAAAUUGCGUAUAUUUAUUGCGCUGGCAGGGGAUGAUGUUUUCAGUGGAUACCCUUUGCAGACUCUGAUUCGAACUCUGCAGCCAGUUGUUGUCGAUCCACAUUGUUCCGACGACGGUAUGGGUGUGCUACAAUAUCUCCUUGAGCGUGGAAAGCCUUUCCUCAAGCACGAGCUGUCGAUGAUCACGGGAACGAUCCUACUGGUUCUCUUGUCGUUGAAGCAGUUCAUGACGUCUCGGCAAGACAAGACCACUCAGGAGAGUCAGUUUCGCAACACCGUAUCGAAGAUGCAAUCUUUUCACGAUUGGCUCAUUGAUUAUCUUCUUGGUUUUAGCUCAACUCUGAAAGCGCCUCAACAGGAAGCUUUCUGUUCGCUUGUCCAAUCGUGUCGUGAUCUCGAAUUACCAGUAUCUUCAGGUAUGAACCAAGCUGCGAGCGCAAUGUUACGCGGACUCCUAGACGACGAAGAGUCGAUCUCGCCGAUUCUAGGAUCUAUUGAGAGAAGACAAGUCAUCUCAACUCUGUGCCGCCAUUUCCAUGUGAGCGACAAGACAGCUCAAGACAUGUUUGGCUCUGAUGAGCUUUCCCUGUCAUAUGCUCGGCGUGUUUGGGAAUCUACUCAGGCACUUACUGUUGCUGAUGGUUAUGGAGCCUGGGCCGCAAAGGUCCUAGGCCGUGCUUAUGCAUCAACAGUCUCGUUAGACCAAAUUCGUCCUACCCGAGGCUUGAUCUCUCAUCUGACCAGUGGUACCGGAGAGAAAAGCCAUUCCAUGCAAGCGAUUGUGAUCAAACUCAACAACCUUCUCUCCAGUCAGGAUCGAACACAUGUUGGUGUCGCUGAGCAGUGCCUUCGGAAAAUUGCAAAUCGUUUUCUGACCUUGGGAGAUCACAAUGGUUCCAUCGAGUUCGAGAAAGUUCUGCCAAACCAUGUUAUCGACGCGACAGCCAUGGUAUACUCCAAGGACAUCGCAGAUUCAAAGGAUGCUCAGAAAUUCCGUAGAGAGGAUCUUUGGCAUGCUGCAAAGCUCGACGUCAACAAGCCUUUUGAACUGUGGGUGCAGAAUCUGGCGGUCUCUAUAUGCAGAUGGGCGAAAGACGACCCGCUUGUUGGGCAGCUAGAGAAACUAUUCGAUUCUGAUGGCAAACUAUCACCGGAACUCUUCCCGUUCAUCGUUCAUCUUGCUCUCGGUUGCGAGACGGAGAGGGAACAAGUGCUGCGUACUUACCUUUCAGAGUCUUUCGUUGCACACUUCCAAAACCAUGAAGCAGACACUGGCCGAAAAUCUCGACUUUUGUUAGAGUCACUUCUGUAUCUACUCACACAGAAGAUACCUAACGAGAAGACGCGCAUGGAUCGUCUCGAGUGGCUGGAACUGGACUAUGUUGUUGCUGCAGAAGCUGCCGACAAGUGCAACAUGCCUACAGCUUCUCUGUAUCUUGGAGAAAUAGGAGCAACUCCCCAGAGUGUUCGUCAGUCAUCGCGAAGAUCAUCAGUGACUCUCACGGAUCCAAGGUUGCCCUCAAAUGAGCUGCUCCUGUCGAUUUAUAGCCGUGUGGACGACCCAGACUCCUUCUAUGGUGUCAAGCAACCACCAUCUUUGGAAUCCGUACUCGCGCGUGUCCACCACGAAGGUGAUGGACUCAAAGGACUGAUGCUGCACUCUGCUCGUAUGGACGCAUCCUUGCGACAGUCUGGACUGGCGGACGAGUCGGAUAGAUUUGGUCUGAUAGGCUCCGUGGGUGCCAUGAAUUUGAGUAGUUUGACCCACGAUCUACUCCAANNUCAAAAAGGUGGCCAGUCUACCAAUGCCGCAACAGAUGCCAUGCUCGAUGCUGCUCGCAAAUUGGAGCAGUGGGACGUUGCCCCUCCUCAAGAAAACGGUUCGGCUGCAAGUACAGUGUAUGGUAUGUUCAGAGGACUUGCUUCUGCAACACAUCUAGAGUCUGUCCAAAUGGACCUGAACAGAGCUCUGGGAUCAUCGAUACAGCAUCUGCAAGACACACGUCUCGACGCAUCCGCAAUCCGUGCCACGUUGUCGAGUAUUGCUGUGCUCAACGAAAUUGACGAGUUGACUAACGUGAGAUGUUCCUCUGACCUUUCCCACCUCUGGGAUCGGAUGCAAAGGCGACAGAGUGGAUGGGACAUUGGACGUCUUCUGAGUCAGAACAAGCAUCUCAGGGAGGCUCUUCACGUCAGCAUCCGAGAUUGUCGCGCAAUAGAAGCUCGAUCGGUCAUCAGCUCUUCUCAGUUCGCUAGGAAGAACGACUUGAUUCAACAGUCUCUGACUGCGGCAACAUAUCUUUCUCGGCUGGUUCCGAUAUGUCAAGAGAUUGAUGUGAAGAUGGAUGCGGCAGCCCAUUUUGAGGUUGCAACUACUUUGUGGAGACAAGGCGAAAUCUCAACAUCGGUGCAGAUGUUGCAAGAACUUUGUUCCCGGACGGACUUGUUGAAGCAGUCGAUACAGGUUGGACGGGCAGGGAUGUUGGCCCAAUUGGGUCAUGAGGUGGCGGAUGCGCGUCUAGAAAAGCCUGGAGAAGUCAUUGCGAACUAUCUUAGACCAGCCAUUGAGCAGCUCGACCAAGCAACCUCUGGUUCCGAGGCCGCAAAGGUCUAUCACGAAUUUGCUUUGUUCUGCGACCAACAACUUCAGGACCCUGGUAAUCUGGAAGAUUUUCAACGAUUAGCAAAACUCCGAGAUCGUAAAUUGGGAGAACACCGACAGUUUGAAAAACUCAUUAAGGAUGUCCAGUCCAAGGAAAAGAAGCGGGAGUUGGCGAGACAGCAAAGAACUGUACACCAAUGGUAUCUUCUUGACGACGAAGAGUUCCAGAAGAUGAGACGCAGCCGCGACGAGUUUGUGCGUCAGAGUCUGGAGAACUACCUACGAGCUCUUAUGGUAUCUGACGAGUUCAAUCCUUCGGUCGUUCGCUUCUUUGCUCUAUGGCUCGAACAUUCGGAUUCACAAACCGCAAAUGCGGUCGUGCANAAGACUCUACCAAAUGUUCCUAGCUGGAAAUUUGUUGGUCUGAUGAAUCAACAGACGUCGCGCUUGCAGAAGGAUUCAAGCAUGUUCCAGCAAUCCCUUGCGGGCCUGAUCACACGCAUUUGCACCGAUCAUCCCCAUCAUGGUGUUCAUUACCUGUACACCGCCAUCUAUUCGUCCAUUGUGGAAACUGAUCAGGCUGCAAGCUCUCGACGCGAUGCUGCUCAUAGCAUAGCAUCAAACUUGGGGAGAAACAAGAACAUGACCGAAACCAUGCGCAGGAGCUUCUCAGUAGGCAAUGCCUACCACAGCCUAGCCGAGGUCAAGUUGAACCCCAAGGAGUUCAAAGGCAAGAUCACAGUCAACAUGGUUCCUGCAGCGAAGGAAAUGGUCAACACAGUGUUGCCCAGGAAAAUGCCACCUGCGACAAUGUCUGUCGAGCUCCGUCCUGACUGCGACUACUCUUCCGUUCCAGUAGUCGCCAGAUAUAGGGAUGAGAUUCGCAUUGCUGGUGGCUUGAGCGCGCCGAAGAUCCUGGUCGCAAUCGGAACAGAUGGCAAAGAAUACCGACAGUUGUUCAAAGGCGGCAACGAUGACCUCAGACAAGACGCCAUCAUGGAGCAAGUAUUCGGAGAGGUCAGUAAGAUGUUACAGACACACAAGAACUCUCGCCAGCGCAACCUACACAUUCGUACUUACAAGGUGCUUCCGCUCACGUCGACUUCUGGCAUCAUCGAGUUCGUGCCGCAUUCGAUGCCUCUGGGCGAGUUUUUGGUCCCAGCGCAUGUCAACUACCAUCCCUCAGACCUCUCACAAAGCAAAGCACGCGAAAAGAUCGGCGGUGCACAGAGUAUGCCUAAAGAUACGCGCCUCAAGGUCUACCGCGAAGUGACAGCCAGACACCAGCCAGUGCUCCGCCAUUUCUUCUUCGAACGCUUCCAGGAUCCAGACGACUGGUUCCAGAAGCGAUUGAACUACACACGCAGCACGGCUACUAUAUCUAUCUUGGGUUGGGUUCUUGGACUUGGUGAUCGUCACUGCCACAACAUCCUACUUGACGAGAAGAGUGGUGAAGCCAUUCACAUUGACCUAGGUGUGGCUUUCGAAGCUGGUCGUGUGCUACCCAUCCCCGAGGUCGUACCUUUCCGCCUCACUCGUGACAUCGUCGACGGCAUGGGCGUGACAAAGACCGAAGGCGUCUUCCGCCGCUGCUGCGAGUUCAGCAUGGACGCCCUGCGCGCCGAAAAAGACGCCAUCAUGACUCUACUCAACGUCUUGCGCUACGAUCCUCUAUACUCGUGGACCGUAUCUCCUCUCAAAGCACGCAGAAUGCAAGAUCCUAGUCGUGACGGCGACGACGGUGGCAAUGGGUUAGGGUCCGCAAGCAAGCGUCCCGAAGAUGAAGCCGGUGAGGCCGCGAGAGCAUUGGCAAUCGUAGAGAAGAAGUUGAGCAAGACUUUGAGUACUGCUGCUACGGUCAACGAACUGAUCCAGCAGGCCAGUGAUGAGAAGAAUCUGGCAGUGUUGUUCGCCGGAUGGGCUGCUUAUUGUUGA